AUGAACAGCCAUUUAUUUAGCUAUGAGAAUAUUUUCAAAAACAACAGUAUAAAUAUAAUCGAUAAAAUAAAAGAAAGUAAAAAAAGGAAUUCAAAGGAGGGUGAGGAUACUGGAAAAGCUCACGUAGCUCAUGUGGAAGAGACCACUGAAGCGCAAACAUAUAGGGCAUCAUCAACCAUUUUAAACGAUGAAAAUGAACAAAGACGUAAUUACUACAUUAUUCCUAACAAAUACACUAGAAAUAAUGACGUGUGUGUAAAUAGUGAAAAGGAUGUACAAUCAAAUGCAACUAAAGAGGGUACAAUAAAUGUAAAUAUUGAUUAUGAAUUUCGAAGAGAGAGUAAUAGCUUCAUUAAAACCAGUGAGGAAUAUGCUUGUAGGUAUGCAGGAGCAACUGGGGAAUAUUGCGAAGCGGUAACGAAGCAGGAUGCUACUAAUGAAUGUAAAGGGGAUAUAACAAUAGAAGAUAAAAGUCAAAUGGGGGUGGGGAAAAAACAGCAAGUGGGGGAAGUAAGACAUCAUAGCGAAGGGAGACCAUCCUACUCCUCAAACACAUUAAAAGAAAAAUAUAUAAAUAUGAAAGUAAAAAAAAAGAAUGAUAUAUCAUUUCUUUUUAAUGAUUCUUCGGACAACAUUAUGAAUCAUGUGGAUGGGAUCAGAAAUAACAAUACUGAAUCGUUUUUCGUUUUUUCAAAAAAUGAAGAUAAGAUUAGGGAAACAGUAGAUAGAAGCACUGAGAAGGAACAAACAAAAGAGUACACUUAUGAGACGAAAUGCUUAAACGUGUAUAAUAUGGAAGACAGUGGAAUUAGUUCCUCCCUUUGUAAUGCAUUAAGAACGAACUAUGCGCAUAAUGAAUAUGAAACCAUGAAUGAAGCCAAGAAUGAAACCAUGAAUGAAGCCAUGAAUGAAGCCAAGAAUGAAACCAUGAAUGAAGCCAAGAAUGAAACCAUGAAUGAAGCCGUGAAUGAAGCCAAGAAUGAAGCCAAGAAUGAAACCAUGAAUGAAGCCGUGAAUGAAGCCAAGAAUGAAACCAUGAAUGAACAUAAAAAUGAAAACAAAGUAGACAAAGGUUUGUUAUCACCUUUCAGUGAUAAUUAUUGUGAGAGUGCAACCAAUGAGAAUAGAAAAUUCAACCUUAAAGAUGGAUUUAAAGGUAAAGGUAAGCAUAUAAUUAAUUAUCAUCAUAAAGAGGUGCAGCCGUCUGUGAGUAUUUAUCAGCAUGAGGGUAUACAUCCGAACAGUGUAUUUUUGAAAAAUAAAUUUUGCUCAAAUGACAGUAUUUUACUUUACGAUAAUAAUACAAUGGAGGUAAAACAUAAUUAUAUAGAAAACACAUUUAUAAAUCUAAAUGGUGAGAUGAAUAAUAAAAAUGAACUGGUACAGAACAUUUCACUUGAUCAUGAUAACAACAAGUGCUUAAAUGCACAUUAUCCCAGUUAUGCAUAUUGUAAAGAAGAAGCAUCUUCUAAUUUACGGCAAGAAGAUGUAACAAGGAGAAAUCGUGCAAUCGAUGUGCCGCAUGGUGAUAGAGAAAUUUCAAGGAAUAAUGUUAUGUGUUUCUGUUUUGGAAAUAAUGGUAUGUUUUAUUACACAACAGGAUCACUCGUGAAAUGCCAAUUUUUAAUUAGUGUUAUCGAUGAAAAAACAAAGGAAAAGAAAUAUAGACGUAGUUAUACUUAUGGACAGAAUGAAAAACACUUAGAGGAAUAUAUAUAUGCCUUGAAAAAUUUCCCGGGCCCAUUUAGCCGGAAAAGCAGUAAAACGGAUGAAAGAAUCAAAGUUUUCUUGAACGGUCAUAUUAAUAUGAACAAGGCAAGAUACUUAGAAAAGGAGGAGGAAGAACAGGAAGAAGAAGAGCAAAGGAGGGGAUGUAGAGAACCCGGAAAAGAAGUAGCAAAGGAAGCAGCAAAGGAAGCAGCAAAGAAAGCAGCAAAGGAAGCAGAAAAAGAAGCGGUAAAAGAAUCAGGAGUUGGCGUAACGGCAGUGGGAGCUUCCGGGGAAAACAUGUACGAGUGCAUACAAAAAAUUUGCCUGUACAAGCAUCUGCUGAACAUUAUGAAUAAGCCUCAUCUGCUUAACUUCAACUUGCAAAGCGUGAAAGGUGAAAAGAAGCCCAUGAAUGAUAACUCAAAGGGAGGUAAGAAUAUCGUUUCCUAUUUUUUAGAUAGCUACAAUAGUCAGCACCAAUACAACCCCCAAGAUAUGAAGCAUAACAAAAAGCACCAUUCAAAUGAGCGUUCCUAUGGAAGUUACAAUCAUCAUGAUGAAAACAAGAGCAGAGAGAAUAAAAAUGGAUCAGGGGAGGAUGGGAACUCCACCAGUUUUUCCAGUUGCUCCAUUUACUCCAAUUACUCCAGUUGGUCCAACUAUUCUAGUUAUUCCGAUUGCCCUAGUUAUUUCAGCUAUUCCGACUGCUCACAUAGUAGCACGCAGAGAAAUAGAGAGGGGGAAAGAAAAGGAAGAAGAAAAAAGAAAGAAAUAAAGGAAGAAAUAAAGGAAGAUAUAAAGGAAGAAAUAAAGGAAGAAAUAAAGGAAGAGAAAAAGGAAGAAGCAAAAAGGAAGAAAAAAAGGAAGAAGAAUGAAAUGGAGUUAUUCGAAAUAACUACAAAAAGUAAUAGAGAUAGAAAAGGCAGUAGGUUUACUGGAAGAAGCAACCCCUUGAGGAAAAAUCAAAAUAAAUUUAACGAAGAGAGUAACAUGUGUAAGGACUUCUACACUCAGUUGUACGAAAAAAACAUAAAUAACAUUUAUAUAAAUAAUUAUAAAUAUGAAUUCCUAGAUUUUGUAGAAAAGGAAUUUAUCAUCAUAUUGCAUACAUUAUUACAACAUAAGGAAAGAAUAACCCUGGAGGAUUCCUAUUUAGAAUAUUUCUAUUUGUGUAUAUAUAACAGUAAAAAAGCUACUAGAUUAUGUAUAAAGAAAGAAUUGUAUAAAUAUUUCUUUUUAAUUUUAAAAAAAUAUAAUAGAAAAAAAUAUUACAAGAUGAUAGAUCAGUAUAUAAGACAUAUAAACAAAUCAUUAAUCAGCAGCGAAAUGGAAAUAACAAAUAGUAUGAAUAAUAUAUACAAAAUUUAUAAUUAUAAUAUAUAUGAUGAAAUAUUUAAAGAAGCUUUUAUUUUUUUUAUUUGCUUAUUGAAUAAAAAAAAUAUGACUUUUAAAAAAAAUAUUUUGAUAAACUACUGGUAUAUAUUUUAUACCUUAGUAUUUCAUAACUUCCUUUUUCAAUUUAAUGAAAACGAAAUUAAUUUUUAUGAAUACAAGGAUGACAUAAUCAACUUUUUUACGUAUUUAAUAAAUCUUCUUUAUGAAAAUAAACGUGUAACUGAAUCGCAGUUCUUAUACCUAAUCCUGUCUGGCAACCCUUGCAUAUUUCAGGUAACAAAUACUAAGGUCGGUAAGUGGGAUACCCCUUACCCUAGAGCAAAAGCGGAUACAUCUACGUAUGUCAAUGCCUCUGGUAUAUCCUCCGCUAUGUACUAUGCGGAUACGCCAUGCGCAGUUGCUCCAUAUUCUUCUGUCCCAUACGCGGAUUGCCCAUGUGCAGCCACACGUUACUCCACUUCUUAUCGCGAUGCCAGAGACUUCAACAUAUUCUCUUUUCAAGUAUGUGAUAUGUACGAAUAUCUAUGCAGAUAUGAUGAAGACAGCUUUUUUUACGAAGAUUUAAUUUUUUUAAAAAUAGUUUAUGCACUUACCCUACUAGAGUUUGGGAUCCUGUCGCAGGCAAAGCAAUAUAUAGACAUAUUACAUUACUACAUAGAUGUAAUUAAGAGUAAGAAAAAGAACAAUGAUGUUGUUUAUUUAUAUUAUUCACUACUGAAUAGAGUUAGAUAUAUAUUCCCAUCAAUUUUGUCGAAAGAUGAAAACAAAUAUGGGAUUUCGUCAUCGUGUAAUGACAACUGGAAUGAUAGUAUUUACAGCUACAGGGUAAUAACUCCCAAUCUGCCAUCUCAAGAGAUUACCUUUUCCAAGGACAAUGAUGCAGUCGUGAAUACAUGUUAUGAUGGCCUACUCGAUGACCCACUUAACUAUAAUAAUAUAAACCAUAGCUUGAACCAACCAUUUAACAACGAUAUACGGGAGGCAGUAAGGAAUGAACAACAUUACGAACAACAUGAUAAUAGAAGGUAUAAUAAUAAUGAAGAUGUUAGUGCCCCUACAUACAACUCAAAUUUUAGCAUUAUGCACAGCGGUAAUUAUAACGUACGUGAAUUAAACAGCAAUAAUACCCCAUUCGAAAGAAAUUAUAUGUUAACAACAUCGGAAGGGGUAUUCGAAGCAUCAUCGAAACCUAAAGGAAGGAUAACUAAAGAUACAGUGGAAUUACAAAGAACGUUGAACCCACCACCAUAUAGUGAAUGCAUGGUGCAUAAUGUUCAUUCCAUACAAAAUGUACACAUGUGUGGACUUCCAUCAAUUAGCAAUUUGAGCCUUAAUAAGAUACAUGAUGAUAUGAAUGCAUUUAAGAAUAGCUAUGAGGUUAAUCAUCAAAUCGAAAUUAAUAAACAGUAUAUGAAUGAAAAGGAGGAGUGUUUUUCUAAAGAAGGAGGAUACGUUCUAUAUGAUGGUAAUUCUAAUCAACAAGUUGAACAAAAGUAUGAUGAUCAGGUAAGUUUUCAAAAGUACUAUGUGCAGAGUGAAAAGGAUACCUCCACGUACAACGGAAAGAAUAACACGGAAAGGCUGUCCAUGGAGAUAUAUGCCCCUCUUAUGCACGGAAGUAAUAUGGUGCAUGAAGCUAGUUACACAGUAUAUGGGCACAUGCAGCAAUUCAGCAGUACUAGCAGCAAAAUUGAUAGAGAUUACAGUGAUAAGAAUAAUCUUCGUAAUAAUCAUCAUAGGAAUGGUAGCAAUGGUAGGAAUGGUAGGAAUGAUAGCAAUGGUAGGAAUGGUAGGAAUGGUAGCAAUGGUAGCAAUGGUAGCAAUGAUAGCAAUGGUAGCAAUUUUAAUGAUUAUAAUGAAAGAGAUGGGGAAGUUUUUAGAAGGGAGAAAGACACGAACCCUUUCAGAAUCGAGAAGUAUGGCAUCCUUGAUAACCGAGAUAGUAGCACUGCCAUGGAUAAUAGGCCAAAUACUACGGUGAACAACCCGAUGAGGAGCACCUUGAUGAAGGAGGCCAUGUACAAUAACAACUUAAAAGUGCAACCAUCAAUUAAUGUAAGUGUGCAUCCAAAGAAUCCACUACAUACGAACAACUAUGAUACGUCAAAUAAUGCAGUAAUAACUGAUGGUAAUAAUACACUAACGAAUAAUGAAACGAAUCAAGAAUCAACCUCUACCAAUGUGAAUAGAACUUGUAAUGUAUCAAGUCAUGAACGGUCUACUAGUGAAGGUAACAUGGACAUAAUAAAUAUGGGAAAAAAUUUCAUUACUGGUUUUUUUUCAAAUAUAAAGGAAAAAAUAAAAAAAAAUGAUAUAGAAGAAGAAGAAAAAGAAGAAGAUAAUAUAUUUUAUUAUGAUUAUGAAAAAAAAAGAUGGAGGGAAAAAGGUGUAACAUCUGAUGAGGAAAAAGAAAGAGAGGAGCAAAAAUUGAAAAGAGAAAUGAAUAUUAAAAACACUGCUCCCCCUCGUGUGGCGCAGAAUUAUUCCAACACAGGCAAAAAAUAUCCCCUCGACAAAACCGACGUUCGAAGCAGGUACGUGGACUACUUUAACUGA